UAAGGUCAUUCAAUGCCCACUGUUGUUCCCUUGUUAAAUUGUGUUUUCUAUUUUUUGUAGUUGAGAGCAUGUGUAAGUCUUUCUCCACUAAUUUAACAAAGGUCAUAACACUGGGUACCAUUGAGAGUGAUGGCAUAUAGGAGGAUUUAGGCUUAAGAUCACUAAAGACUAUUCCUCUAAUAUCUUCUCCUUCAAUUAUUUCAUCAGAUAGGGUCUCCAAGGAGUCCAAAGCUAUUCUAUCAUGCAUGUCUAAAUUUGUAACCAUAGUUUUACCCAAGUUGAUUUUACUAAGUACAAUCUUUCUAGCAAAUAAAUUGAGGUCUUUACAAGCAGUGAAUCUAUCCAAUUUGUUAUUUGGACAGUAUGUUAGACCUUUACUGAGGAUUUCCAUAUGUGAUUGGCUUAAAAUUUUAUUAGACAGAUUCACAAUUUCAAGUCCCUGUUCAUUUGAUUGUAUCAUUUUGGGGUUUUGUUGCCCUGUUGACUUCUCAGGGCAUAUGUAGUUGGUUUUUGACCAGUAUUUUCUGUGUUUCCUCCCUCCCCGCCUUCUCUUUUUUUGUCUGUUAUUCUCCUGUUGCCUAAAAAAUUCCCCCUUCUUCUACCUCUAUUUUGUCUUGGUGAUUUGCUUAUCUCUGAUUCUGAACCUGAUUUUUCAGAUUCAGAAGUGCCAGAUUUUUGACCCACAUAAUCAUAAACAACACCUUCCUUAUAAUCCAAUAGAUCCCUCAAAAACUUCCUCCUCUUCCUAGAUUUAAUUUCAUCUAGUAAUUUUCUAAAUUCAAUUCUAAUUUCUUCACUAAGUUUAGUGUAUUAAUCACUUAAUUCCCAUUUUAUAAAAUCGGCCUUGGAUUCUUGAACUUCCUUGUCAAUUUUAUCCUCUGUUUCCUUAAUAAUUAAUUUCAUCAAUUUCAACGAACACUCAGUUAAGCAUUUUUCCCAUUCCUCCUUAAAAUCUAAGGGUUGGCUUAAAUUUACCCCAGGUCUUUUUCUUAAUCUCAAGCCUCGUGGUAUCAUCUCAUUGUCUAUAUAUCUUUUGAGACUGCUAAUUUCCCAUUUCAUUUUUAAUUGUUUUAUCAAAUUGUUUUUAUAGGUUUUAUAAUCCUGAAAAAUAUUUUUUCCCUACUACAGCUACUGUCUCUUUAGAUGCCUCCAAAGCAAAUGUUUCAGCCAAAUCAAAUUCCCAUUCACUUUCAUCAAUAGAUCCAAUGAAUACUAUGCCUAUAGAGUGCAGCUAAAAUGUGAUAAUCACAGAUUCAGAGUAAUAUAUCCCCAAUCAGCACGGUUAAUAAAGGGUAUUCCUACCCAGAAAAAUGUUUAUAAAGAAAAAAACCAGGGGUUAGUAUUUAGACUGGUGAACUAGGGCCCACCUCUCUUAAUAUUUAGAUGAGACCCCAGGUGCAAGGAGGCUUAAAAAUAACUAUAAUUAGAUUGAGAAUGAUAGUGGAGGGCCCUCUAGUGGGCCUGUAACAACAUUAAGGGAUUACCAACUUGAAGUCUGGAGAAAUGCUAAGUUGUGUUUGUUACAAUGUUGCAGGUUGGGAGGAGGUGUUUGUUCUUACCUUUAUAGGGUCCUGCAGCAGUGAGUUCAGCCUCUUUCAGUUUCCAGACUUCAAGGAGAAGGUUUUUUUGAAGUUUUGCUGUGACCCCAGAGGAAGAUGGAGCAUGGAGAGAUCCAGGAGGAAGUCAGUGCCUCCCAAACGAUACAGGGAGGUGGUGGAGAUGACUGCCAGGAAGAAGGGACCUGCAAAACAGAGACAGGAGCCUGAGGAACUGGUACCCCCCACACCCCAAAAAUCACCACCCACCAGGAGGUUUAAUAAGGGAAAGGGCAAGAAAGGGGGUGGGUCAGGGUUGGCUGGCCCCAGUUCACAGGCCCAGGUUGGCAGGGUGUUAGAGGUAGGCCCCAAUGUAGGGCAGCAGACCCAGGGGGUUGGCGAGGCAGUUAAUUGGGAGCAGGUCGGGCCCAUGAGUGGCCCUGAGGGCUUGCAAGGAGGUUCGGGCCCAGUGGGAUCACAUGCUGGCAUCUUAGGCCAGUUUGCGGCCUUGCCACCGGCGGCCAUGGCGGCAGUCCUGGCCCUAGCGCAGUCACUCUCCAAUGUGAUGGCCCCUGUGGGCCAGGCACAGGGCCCAGUUGCCGUCGCUGCGGCCGGUGGUGUGGCAGGAGGCGUUAGGCCCAUCUUACAAGAUGCAGAUUGCGCAGCGGUAUCUACUCCCUCUGAUGGCGGCUCACGCGAGAUCUCCUCCGAGAGUUCGUCAGAGGGGGAGGAGGAUCACGGCCGCCAUCUUGGGAGUCAGAUCACACAACAGCGGACAGCCUCACGCGACCGGAGCUUCACAGGUAACUUGGGGAGGCUACCGGUCGCGGGAGGGUCAUCACAGGGGCCAGCGGUGCCUGGGAGGGAGCACUUACCUCGUGCGAGUGAGGUGGCGGGUCCGGUUGGUGUGGAGAGAGAGUGUGGCGCAGCUGGGGGCAGAUGGGUAGGCCAUGCACUGGUGUGCAGGCGCGCGCAAGGGAGGAUCCCGGCCGUGUGCAGAGGCUUCCUGAUAUGGUGGUGAGAGAUUGUGGAACAGCUGAGGGGCCGAUGGAGAGGCCAUGCACUAGUGCGCAGGCGCGCGCACGGGAGUAUGCUGGUAGUGGGCAGAGGCCUACGGAUGGUGCGGUGAGAGAGAGUGGCGCAGCUGGAGGGCCAACAGUUAGGCCAGGCAUGAGUGCGCAGGCACGCACAAGAGAGGAUGUUGGCCAUGUGCAAGGGCUCACAGGAGCAGUCGAGGGGGCUACUAGGCCUCAAGAUAGGCCAGGUUACCAGUAUGGUGCAUGAUUGAGUUAUGAAUCGCACAGGGGGUGGGACCAUGCGGGGAUAACGCAUGGUUAUGAGCUGUCAGAUCAAGUGGUGUCUGGGGGCCGUGUGAGACAAGGGGACAUGGCGUGUGAAAGGCAGUAUGAUAGGGUUCAGAUCCAGAGAGGUGUGAGUGAGGACACGAUUAAGAGGGCAGUAGAGGCAGAGCUGCGUGAAGUAAAUAACGCUAGGCCCCUGCCUGGGUUUAGUGAUCACGCCCGGGAGGGGGCAACACAGGAGGAUGUUAUCAGGAGUGCUGUGGCUGGCGCUUUGGGUAUGACUGCUGGAGUGAGACAAGGGGGUGAGAGGGCGGGGGCUUCUGUUGAUGCACCUCCUGUAGACCGGAGUACUCCCCAAGUUGUUUUGUCUCAGCAGGUUCCUGAAAGGACGGCAGCACCGAUGGCAUCAGGUUCUACGAGUGCCCUAGUGGUGGCGGGGCCCAGCAGCGAUCAGAUGGGUUCAGCGCCACAAGUUCUAGCGGGAGCAGAGACGCCAGGAGACGGUUGGUCCUGCAGCAGUGAGUUCAGCAUCUUUCGGUUUCCAGACUUUAAGGAGAAGGUUUUUCCCGCCCACCCGUCCCCUGGAAGAAGUGAAUGGCGGCAACGAUGCAGCUGAGUAGAGUCGACUCAGUAGGGGAGCUUGAUGUGUAUGCCAUAAGUCUAACAGUUAAAGUCAGUGGAAUUCAGUUUUUGAAAGGAGCUUGAUGUGUUGACAAGAACAGUUCAAGGCAGUGAAUAGGAGCUAUCGACAGAUCGUCAAAAAUAAAAAUGCUAUUGUAAAUUACAAAUAAUAACAAAUUGCUAUUUAUUCUCAAGGGUUUUUAUAUUUAUAAGUGCCACUAUUUUGCAGUAAUAAUACCAAUAAGCAUUUUUGAAAAUAA